ACUGUCUAAUCAAUAUCGUCAAAAAAUUCGUCAACACAUUUUUCUUUUUCGAUGAGUUGCAAAUAAAAUCACGCUCGCACACACACAUUUCAAGAAGAAGAUUUUUUUCCGCGUGUGUACAAGUAAAGCAGUGCAAUUUGAAUGAAACGGAAAAUAAACUAAGGCACACCCAAGACGUAGUGCAUUUAAAAGAAGACAAAUUCCUUGUGUUAUCUUGAGGUAAUAACAAAUCCAGAAUAAACAUGGCGUCUGUUGAUGCAUCUGGCGCUAACAAAUCAUGGGAAUUAUCACUGUACGAGCUACAACGAACGCCUCAAGAAGCUAUUACCGACAACACCGAAAUUGCUGUUUCACCCAGAAGUCUCCACAGUGAGCUCAUGUGUCCCAUAUGCCUCGACAUGUUGAAAAACACCAUGACCACCAAGGAAUGCUUACACAGGUUUUGCUCUGACUGCAUCAUCACAGCUCUGCGAUCUGGAAAUAAAGAGUGCCCAACAUGCCGCAAGAAGCUAGUUUCAAAACGUUCACUCAGACCAGAUCCAAACUUUGACAUGCUCAUUGCAAAAAUCUACCCCAGCCGUGACGAAUAUGAAGCACACCAAGAGAGAGUACUAGCCAACCUCAGCAAAAGUCACUCACAGUCAGCCCUGCUAAAUUCCAUUGAAGAAGGAAUGAAGAUCCAAUCUCAAAACAGGGCUACCAGGAUCAGAAAGAAUGCACCAGAAAAUGAGACAGCCAAUUCUAUAACAACCACGCCAAAUGUCAGUGCUCCUUCCACUCCUACUCCAACAGAAUCUGUGCCCUCAUCAAAGAAGAAACCAAAAUUAUCCACUAAUUUAUCUGAAAAUGAAUCUACUGGCUCAGGAGCUGAAGGGCCAAGCGAUCACGGUGCUACUGAAAAACUAUGCGAGGAGCAAAGCGGACCUUCGUGUUCCGGUGGCAAAUCAUUUAACGAGAUUGAGUUGGUGUUCAAGCCGCAUCCAGUUGAAAUGGGAAACGACAAUGAUCUGAUUAAAGCCCUCAAAGAAAAUUCCAUCAGAUAUAUCAAAACAACAUCAAACGCUACAGUUGAACACCUGAGCAAAUAUCUUGCCAUGAGAUUGACUCUGGAUCUGGAAUCUGAAAUACCGGAUUCGCUCACUAACUUUUGUAUUUACAUCUCACCGGGCCCCAAUCAGUUCGUCGUUCUCAGUGGGAUGCAAACACUGGAUGACGUCAACGAGAAAUACUGGAAAUCCAACCAGCCAUUAGAGAUGUUUUAUUCGUGGAAGAAGUCCAGCGUUUAAUAGAAGCAUCCGUUCCGCGAAACUUGCUGCUCCGAAGGAAGGCGGAAGUAGGAAAAUGGAUAAAACAUUGAAAAAUGACGACUCGACGACCAACCUCUCUCAGACUCAGCCUCAUCUAACUGACUAGCUGGGUCAUUUACCUUUGUACAAGUGUUCUCACAUGUUUCCGUGUUGACGUUUAAGUUAAAUGUACCGCGAUAAAUUACAAAAAAGAAAAAAAAAAAUAAUUAAUAUUGUUUUUACCGCGUGUGAUCGCCUCGAUCAGAUUGAACGAGUUUUCUACAACUUUUUUUUUUCUUUUCUUAAUUCAAUGUGGAACAUUGACGCUUCGGUUGUCGGCGUUCGAUUGUGAACGGCAAUACACCGCUGGAGUAGCA